GAUCUCGCGAGAGGGCGGUCAGCUGAUCGGUACAUGCGUUCAAGAUGGUGGUCAGCAUGGUGGAGCAUGUUGUAGCUGAUGCGGGGGCUUUUCUAAAAAACGCAGCUCUGCACGAAAUUGGGAAAAAUAUCUAUACACUGAAGGAUGUUGUGAAUGAAAUUCGGGAUAAACAAACCAAAAAGAACUUGGCGUUUCUGCCAUACAAGCUCAACUUUAAAGAACCUUUUCCAGAACACGUCAGAUUCGUGACCGAGUUUGCCAAGAAGACCGGAGAUUAUCCCAGUCUGUCAGCUACAGACAUUAAGGUCUUGGCUUUGACCUACCAGCUGGAGCUGGAGAACUGUGGCGCUGCUCACUUGAAGAAAGAACCAGCAGUACAGGUGGAAGUACACAGCACACAGAGACACCCAGAAGCUCCGGUUAACAUCGCCGGAUUUCACCUUCCUUCAAAACAGAAAUCCGUAGCCAGCUCAGCGAAUGAUGAUCAGCAGCCUGCGGCAUCACGUGAACGUGGAGUUGGCGAAAGCUCGGAGUUUAACAGCUUCCAGUAUUGGAGAGAUCCCAUAGCCAGCAUUGACGACGACUUACUGAAACUGGUGGAAUCCUCAGAAAGCUCAGAAGUUCAGUGUGAUGUCGCGUCACGUGAAGGUCAGAUUGCAGAGAGCUCGGAGUUUAACAGCUUCCAGUUUUGGAGAGAUCCCUUACCCAGCAUCGAUGACGAGUUAUUAAAGUUGUGUGAUGUGACCGAGAAAGUGCAGCGCGUGGAUCUGAUGUCUCGGAGCACCGAACACGAGGACGAUGAUGGUGUGGAGGAGAGAGAGGCUGAGGAUGAAGACGGCGACGAAGAUGGCGGAGGCUGGAUCACUCCCAGUAACAUCAAACAAAUCCAGAUGGAUGCUGCCGAAUGGUGUCCACCAGAAAACGUGUCGGUGGGCUGCCUGACCACCGACUUUGCAAUGCAGAACGUGCUCAUUCAGAUCGGCCUCAAAGUGCUGUCGGUGAACGGCAUGCUCAUCAAACACACGAGAAACUACAUCCUCCGCUGCCACGCAUGCUUCAAGACUACCACCAACAUGAACAAAGCUUUCUGUCCACAUUGUGGUAACAACACGCUGAAGAAGGUUGCCGUGACGCUCGGCCAGGACGGCAGCACGCGGAUGCACUUCUCCAACAACCCCAAAGUGCUCAAUCCUAGAGGAAAGAGGUACGCUGUUCCUUUGCCACAAGGUGGGAAACACUCCAGCAACCCACACCUUGUGGACGAUCAGCGUUUCCCUCAGCAGCGACUCUCUCGAAAGGCACGUGUGAAGACCGACGUGUUCGACCCCGACUACCUCGCCGGCGGCUCGCCGUUCUCGGAGCACGACAUUUACAGCCGAGCGGCGGGUUUACACCUGAGAGACGCUCAGUGCGGAGGAGGGAGACGGCGCGCUAACCCGAACGCCUCUCGCAAGAAAUCCGGCAAGAAAAAGUGAAUCGGCGGCGCGGUGUUAGUUACAGAACAGGGCAGAAAUGAAAGAAAAAUAAAGCCUUAUGUUCUAAACGUAUGAAAAUGUCUAAUACUACAGAUUCUGUCAGGGAUGCAUCGUUACUGAGAUCAGUCAGAAUAAAUGCUAUGAUAUUUAUCUAACACCUUUUAGCACGUGAUGUACGUCACGUCGUACGGUAUCAGAUCUGAAAGUAUUUCACACUUCAAACAGAUCAGACUGCGUGCUAUCUAGAGGAGAAACACGAGCGGCUUCACCGGUAUCUAAUCGUUGCAUGUUGUGCUCAUUUUUAACCCCCAUGCUCAGUUAUUCCGCUCUGCAUGCUCAUCUUGUCUGUUUUAACCGUCUGAAGCAUGAAAUUUCAGCAGUCGUUCAUCGUUAGCGUCGUGCCGCAGCCGAUUAAAAGUGCUUCACUAAUGUGUUUGUUGUUAGGACAAAAGUUAUCGAUGCAUCCCUGAGGUCUACAUUUUCCUGCCCUUUGUAUGUCGAGUGGCAUUUCGUGGACAAAUGAUUGUGUAUUCAUCACGUACCUUUGUGUAACCAUGACAACUAAAGGUUCAACAGACUGUCUGACACACUUGAGUAAUUUAAAUACAUGUUAUUUAUCAA